AUGGGGUGGUUUGCAACCAUACCGCCCGAGCGCCGGCUACUAUGGAAGAUCGACUUCUUUAUCCUCUCCUUCUGUUGCGUCACCUACUUCUUCAACUAUCUCGAUCGCUCUAACUUGACCAAUGCGUAUGUGUCCGGUAUGCAGGAGGAGCUUGCCUUUCACGGCAACCAGCUCAAUGUCAUCAACACCGUUUUUACCGUCGGUUACAUUAUCGGCCAGAUCCCAUCCAAUCUGGCAGUGACCUACAUCCGGCCGCGCUUCUUCUUCCCGGCCAUGGUUCUUUUCUGGGGCGCGCUUACGAUGAUUACAGCCGCGGUGCGUAACCCCCAGGGUAUCAUGGCGAUCCGGUUCUUUUUGGGCGUAGCGGAAGCUAGUACGUUUGCUGGAACGCAUUAUAUCCUGGGAUCGUGGUAUACAGAGCGCGAAUUGGGGAAACGAAGUGGCAUCUUUACGGCCUCGGGACUUGCGGGGACGAUGUUUGGAGGUUUUAUCCAGACUGGUAUACAUUCGUCGCUGGAUGGUGCGUCGGGAAUGUCAGGAUGGAGAUGGCUGUUUAUUAUCGAUGGUCUCAUCACGCUGCCAAUCGCGAUCUACGGCUUCCUCCUGUUUCCCGAUACUCCGACUACGACGCGAGCUCCAUAUUUGACAGAGUCGGAACGCGCCUUGGCUGUCUCUCGCCUGCCUGAAGUCAAUGCCGACAAAGCUCCGUUGGACCUCAAGUUCAUCAAGCGGCUCUUCACUACCUGGUACUGGUGGGGGUUUGUGAUCCUUUGGGUCAUUGCAGGAGAAACCGAAUCAUUUUCCAGUAAUACUUUACUGGCUUUGUACAUGAAAGCGCAUCCGACCAUCCAUUACUCAGUCGCUCAAUUAAACAACUAUCCCACCGGCGUUCCGGCAGUCGGCAUUAUAUCAACUCUAUUCUGGUCCUGGUUGACGGAUGUCCUACGCGGGAAGCGAUAUUUGGUUGGCUAUUUCAUUGGAAUCACCGGAAUCGUGACAUCAGUCUUGAUUCUGACCCGGUUUAACUCGACUGCGACCGUCUUCGGCGCGUACUACUGGGCCGGAGCAGUGUACGCUUGCCAGGCCACGUUCUUUGCAUGGUGCAAUGAUGCCAUGCGGGCGCAGGAUGCACGACAGCGGUCAGUGGUCAUUGCCAGCAUGAACCUGGGGAAUAACGCGGUCAAUGCGUGGUGGAGCAUUCUUUUCUACUCCGCAAAUCUGGCACCGCGCUUUACGCGGGGCAUGUGGGCGAUGAUGGGCUGUUCGGUUGCCUUGAUUCUGUGGACAUCGGGAAUCCGGUUCGUGACUGCGAGAGAGGAGCGACAGCCGGCUCAGAAUGAACCAGAGACACAAAUAACGAAGCAUGCAUAG